AUUUAAGAAUUCUAAUAUAAAUACCAAGUAUUGAAUGCAUUAUAUCACUCGCAAAAACACCCGAUACAAAAUACUUAUUCUUAAAGUGGUUUUAUAUUUGAUUUAGUUUUUUAUAAAUCAACUAUAUAUUAUAAACGUUCGAUAACAAUCAAAGGCCCUGUAUCCAAGAACAAGUUGGAGCAAAAUUAAGAUUGAGAGAUGGAGUUGACAAUUCUGCUAUUGUUAGUAGGGGUGACGCAGGCAUGUAUUAGACUACCGAAUGAGCCCUCGAAAGUUCCACCAACGAAUUCUACGACUGACAAUAAAAAAGACAAAAUAUACUUAUUUGCCACUGAGGGAAACUGGAAACCAUACACGUUUCAAGAUGAGACUAGCGGCGAUUCAGUAGGUUUCUUCCACGACCUUAUUGCUGCAGUCUGCUCCCAUUGUGAUAAGAAAUGCGACACGGUCUUCAUCGAUGACCACCUUGACAAAUGUUUUAACCAGGAGGAGCUCACCUCGUCUGGGUUAAUGGAUCGCCAUUUUGACGCUUGUGUCGGUUGGGUUCCUAUUCGAGACAUUCUCAACAUCCUCAACUUCACCAGUCCGUUUUUGUCCGUCGACAAGUCACGUAUGUUCACUCGUCCAGGAUCGGGAGUGUCAAGCGUUAUGGAUAUUCCCGGAAAGUCGAUCGGAUUUCGACAGUUUUGGUUCAUGGACAAGUAUUGCGCACGUAGAAAUGGCUUCCAGGUUGCAGAUUCCGAUGUUUUGGAAAUCCGAAUCGAAGAUGGUUGGCAAGACGUUAUCCAAGCACUGAAUGAAGAGAAGGUCGACGUUGUCGUUAUUCCAGAAGGGACAUCUGGAACGGAGUCAUUGGUCCCAAUCGGCGACGCCUUCGAAUGUGCAGAAGUAGGCUAUGGACUCAUACACAGGAAAGACGUUCAGAUGUCAUGGUUUGGUGAAUGCUUGAGAGACAACAAUAGGAAAACCGGCAUGUUCCAGAGUUUGUGCAACCACUGGGGCGUGGACAACUGUUUCAACAUUGGCACUAUGUAAAAGCACCACAAAUUCGAAACGGAAGUGACGUAACAACAUGUAUAUUCUUCAGUGUGUAAUAAAAGGAGGGAAACCCCCAAAUAUCAUAGAUUACAAUAAAGUCAAUAGAAAUGUAAAACGCCUUGAAUAGUACAAUGUUUAUUCCUGGCUAAAUGUUACAGCUUUUUAUUUCACGUCAACAUAUAAAGAAAGAUAUAAGGAACAUUAAUUAUAUCCAACAUCGACGUCUGGUAUUCAGAAACUAGAAAUUCGGACUACCAAAAGUUUUAAAAAUGAAUACUUUUGAGGUUUACUCUGAGCUCUGGGGUUUCCCUCCUCUUGUGUGUAAUUUGACGAUUUAUUCCUAGAUUUUACCACUUAAUGGCUGGAAAUGGUAACAUAUAUAGUCUAAUGAACAAUUGUAUGGACGAAAUUAAUCAUUAUUUGAACAUAUCAUAUGAUUACAAUUGAACUCUUAUUUGAGUGUCAUCUUUUGCAACAUUCUAUUCCAUAUUGGAUAUGAUAUUCAAAUUGCAACCAUGGUUAUUAAUAUGACAUGUUAUAUAGUUAUUAUGUUAAGGUUGUUCGGUAGAUUUUAUGAUUCCGUCUCAUUUAACUACAGACAUAUAAAAUAUACAUGUACACAGUCCCUUCAAAAGUUUGACUCUUUUAAGUCCCCUUUCGGACCACGUUUUUAAUGAUGUUUGGCAAUUUAAACAAAUUCAUCAUAACUAGCA